AUGGAUUCCAUGAGCAAUGCCAUUUUGGCCCACAACGUUGCAUUCGUCGCUGCGCAGGCUAUGACAUAUUUAGCCGUCGAGUCCUGUCGUGUGCAACGGUUUGACGAUUUGGAACGUGUGCAUUCUUCCCUGGUCGAGAGUGAAGCUAGCUUGAGGAGUAAGGUGGUGGAUCUAAGUGCUAUGGUUGUUCGGUUGGAGGAUGAGAAAAUGUAUUUGGUUUCGGGGAAGUCGUUGUUGGAGGAUGUGCAUGGUGUUUUGGAGGGUCAAGUAGAGUCUUUGACCCAGGAAAAUGAAGAUUUCGCUGGUUUACUUGGAUUAGGUCAUUUGGACGUUGAUGGGGUGAGGGCAUUAUGUACAUUUGAUGAUGGUGAGGAAGGUGUGGGUGAGUUAGGUGCAGGGACGGGUGGUGAUGGUGUUGGUGGGAGUGGCGGUAAUGGUGCUGGUGGGAGUAGCGGUGAUGGCGUUAGUAGGGGUGGCGGUGAUGGCGUUGGUGGGAGUGGUGGUGUUGGCGCUGGUGGGAGUGGUGGUGAUGGUGUUGGCGGGAGUGGCGGUGAAGUUGUUUAG